AAAAAAAAAAAAAAAAAGAAGAAGAACCGGAACUCUCUGUGUCUCUGAAACAGCCAUCACAAAAGACACAGUGUGAGAAGACGAAGAAAUUCAGUCUCUGUACGGAGGUGAAGCUCGGAAAUACGAACGGGAGCGAAUUUGAGGAGAGGGAAAGGUAUUGUGGGGAGAUGGAGGGGAUGGGAGGAGCGGAGGUGCUUUCUCUGUGUCGGAGCUGAGGUGAGCUGAGGAACAGCUAGGGUUUCUGUUUGAAGCCAUUGAUGAAGGAAUGAAAUUCGAUUGAUUUGGAAAUUUCAGUUCGGAAGUCUUUGAUCGUUAUUGUAUAAUUGCUACUCGGACAGAAACAGCAGUAUUGUUUCUGGUUUUCUUUCAAGUAUUGAUGUGAAACAUAGCAGUUUUGCACAAUUCUAGAUGGAAGACAAAUUCUCUGCACGACUCUGGGACAUAUCAUAUGCUUGGAGGUGUUGUUUCUAAGUCACUAUGACGCUUGAAGAUUUCUUUACCCUGACUGAGAUGAAGGAUGGGCUUACUGCCCCUUCUCGGGUUGAGGAGCUAGUAACUGCGAUGAAGAGUGAGAAAGAUUCUGUUGUGAAGAAUGUAAGUGAUGCAACCAGGCAGUGGACUGCUGUUGCAAGCACGAUUGCUGCAACAGACAAUAAAGAUUGUCUCGAUCUUUUUGUUCAGUUAGAUGGACUCUGGUUUAUUGAUCGAUGGCUCAGGGAUGCUCAAGAGUUUGGUCACGAUGCAGGUGAAAGCUUUAUCGAGGAAUCAAUUACUGCAUUGCUACGAGCUCUUGAAAAGUUGAAUAUAGACAAUGAGAGGUCCAUUUCUUCAGGUAUUUGCAUAACUGUCAAGAAACUUCUUGAUCAGAACAGCUCCCGGGUUCAGGAUAGAGCAAGAGUGCUUCUCAGUAGCUGGAAUCAACAUAGGUUUAGCGAUGCUUUUAACAGUAGUGUGGAGCAUAGUGGAGCUCUUGUUGAUAAUGGAAAUACAGACAAUGUGACAUGCACUGGGGAAAGUAGUAGGCCAGAUUGUUCUGACACAGAUGCUCCUCUUUCCAAAGGAAGUUCUACUGAGGAAACUAAUGGAUUGGUUGCUGCCAAAGCGGGAAACCUUCCAUCAGGAAGCCAAGAUGGUCUUCAGCCAGAAAGGUCUAGAGAUUCACAAAGUGAAAGUUCUAAAGGUGAGCUCCCAUCCCGCAUAAGUUCUGACCAUACAGCUGGGGAGGACAAAUCUCCCAAACCUGUUCAAGAAAAUUCUUCUACAGAGGAAAAUCUUCCAACAGGAACUGGAGAAGGAACUGCUUCCAUUGAGACUUGCGGUUAUGUAGUUUCAAAGCAAGAAAAUGAAGUUUCUGGUCUUCAAAAGUUAGAUGAAUUAUCAAGUAAUGAAAAGCAGAAAUCAGGUGUGGCAGCUUCUGCCCAUAUUAAAGUGGAGCAUGGAGUUUCUUCUGGAGCUGCUGUUGCAAGAGCUGAUGAGAUUGUGAUAGAAGCCAAGUUGCAAAAUAAUGCUGAUGCCAACAAGAAUGACUGUUUGGAAGCUACUGCUUCAGAAGUAAGGACACCUGUAUCCAAGCUAGAGAGUGUGAUGGAUGACAUGGAGGUUGAUCAUGGUACAUCUCUUUUCAAGACUAAAGGUCAAGACAAAGAGAGUCCUACUGACAGAUUGCAAGGAUCAUCUGGAAAUAACUUUUCAAAUGGAAAACCUGAAGAUCUAGACACAUCUGUUUCCAGGAUGGAAGAAACUGGAGUGGCUGAUGAAGACGAGGAACAUUCUAGUGACGGAGGUAAAAUUUUGAGGAGUCUUUCAAAUUAUUCUAAACAGGAAAUGGUUUCCAAAGGAACAUCUGACAUUGGACUUGAGUAUGAUGCUUUAGAAGUUGCUCGAAAAGUUGCUCAAGAAGUGGAGAGAGAGGUGGUAGGUUGCCAAGAGCCUUUGCGUUCUUCUGAAAAUAUUGCUGAAGGUGGAAUUAGGAUGCCAGACUCACCAGCCUCUAUGAGUGGAAAACAAGAGUCAGCCCCCGAGGUUCAACCAAAGGAGGUUUCAGCUGGGCAUGAUCAUUCUGCUGAGAUACAUACUGGGGAGGGGCGCACUAUCAGUUCUGGUAAUGUGGGAAUUGAACCAGAAAAUGCCAUGUGUGAUGCAGAGUCAUCUCAACUGGCUGUAACUCAAGAACCUGAACCUAGUUCUGAGAAAAGCCUAUGUGAUUUUGAUCUGAAUCAAGAAGUCUGUUCUGAUGAUAUGGGGCAUCCAGUGACUUCCCUCUCUACUCCCAUAUCUGUUGUAUCUGCUUCCAAGGCUGCAGUGGCUUCUGGAUUACCUGCAGCUCCUUUGCAAUUCGAGGGUUCUCUUGGGUGGAAAGGAUCUGCUGCCACCAGUGCCUUUCGUCCAGCAUCACCUCGCAGAAAUUCUGACGGUGAUAAAAUGCUGUAUUUUGGGGAUACAAGUAGCAGCUCAAAACAUAGAUCAGAUUGUCUUGUUAUUGAUCUGAAUGUAGCUGAGGGCGGAGAUGAUAAAGCCACUGAUCUGAUGUUGGGGAAAAAAAUGACAGCCUCAUCUGGCCUCCUCUCUGCUGAAUCUUCACAGGAAGCAAGUCCUGGAAGAUCAGAAAGGUUCAACUUGGAUUUAAAUCGCACCAGUGAAGAUGGUGAUGUGCCACUGUCAGAGUUAAGAGUAGACAAACAGUCCUUUCCCAACAGAAAUAGCCAUCACAGUCCAUCUCCUGCAUCUUCUUUGUCUUCUAUGCAGCCUUCACUGAAGAACAUUGACUUGAAUGACAGACCAAUUAUUCAGAUGGAUUCUUCAGAUCAGGCUUCUUAUCAUGGUAGGUCUACCCAAAAUCUAAAUGCAUAUGGGGGCCCUAAACCAGAUGAUCCCGUUAUUUCUAUCAUGGGUACGAGAGUGGAAGUCAAUAGGAAGGACUUUAUUUCUGACAUUCCAUCCCUGCCCAAUGGCAAGGUUCUUGAUGCUGCAGCCAAUACAAAUGUUGCAAGAACUGGAAGCAUUGUUGCUUUGGGUCCCACUGUACCUUACUCGCAUUCUCCUGUUAUGGGCUAUAAUGGAUUGGCAACACCACCAACAAUGAACUUUUCUUCAGCUAUGUAUGGAGCUGGUAGUUCAAUCCCUUAUAUGGUUGAUUCAAGAGGAGCCCCUGUUGUGCCUCAAAUUGUGAGCUCGACCAUUCCUUCUUACUCUCAACCACCAUUCAUCAUGAGCAUGAACGGAGCAUCCCUGAGUUUAAAUGGUGCUGUGUCUUCACGGCCUAAUUUUAAUCUGAAUCCUGAUUUUGCAAUGGAGGUGGGAAAUAGAGAUCCUAUGGGUCUAAGGCAACCUUUCCUGACUGGUCAAAUGAGGUCAAUUGAAGAUCAAAUGAGGGUCAAUCCUCAGCCCUCAAGCUCUGGGGUUGGUGAGAAGAGGAAAGAACCUGAUGGUGGGUGGGAAUCUUACCCAUUUAACGACAGACAGCAAUUUCCAUGGAAAUAGUAAGGUUAUUCAUCUUUGCUCCAUCCUCACUUGGUAUCAGUUCAUAAAACCAAUCAAGGGAACUGAUGCAUGCAUUGCCGAAGAUACCUUGAUAAGAAAGAGCCAAUUGGCUUUAUUUGAGGGGAGUUCGAACGAAAUAAAACUCAGGGAAGCAUGAAUGUAAUAUGAUUCUUCAUGAAAUUGAUGGCUUGAAGGGUCGAAAGUUAGGAUUAAUUGUUUUAGUUUUGUCUAAUUUUCUCGGUUCUCUUUUUUCUAUGUUUCAUUUUCAUAGAAGGCCAUUUCAACCAUAGAAGUCUUGGUACAUGUAGCUUUAACUUAUGUUCCAUAUAUGUGAAAGAAAUUUAGAGAUUUUCUACAUUCUCUUUAGCAGAAUAGUUUCGUUUUAUGUACUCUUAUGUCACUUUCAAUUUUCACUUUCAAUGCUCUGUUGGCAGCUGGAAAGUGCUGAGCACUACACCCCUUUCUAAACAGCCCAAAAGCCUUUGUACUAGAAAACUUUUCCCUGCUAGACUCAAGGCUGCUAAAAUAAAUUAAGGUGUUUCUU